AUGUCCUUACCAAAGACUCAAGUAGGUUAUGGCUACGUUGAUGGAGCCACAGAAAUCGUUAAGUUCAAUGACUUGCCAGUACCAAUUCCUCAAGGAAAACAAGUAUUACUAAAAAUUGAAGCAGCCGGUUUAUGUCAUAGUGAUAUAAACAUUUUAGGAUUACCAAAUGCCUUUAGUGAUAAGUUUGUAAUGGGCCAUGAAAUUGCUGGACAAAUUGCUAUGGUUGGAGAUGAUUUGAAAGAUUCAGAGGUUUUUCAAGAAGGUAAACGUUUUUGUGUUACGAUUGUUAAACCUUGUGAAAUCUGUAAACCAUGUCGUCAAGGGAUUGAAAAUGGGUGUGUUACUAGAAUGGGAUAUGGUAUUAAUUCCGAUGGUGGAUUCCAAGAAUAUCUAUUGAUUGAUAAUAUCAAAACAUUGAUACCUAUUCCUGAUAAUGUUAGUUAUGCUGAAGCAGCUGUUGCCACCGAUUCAGUGUUAACUCCAUAUCAUGCGAUUUCCAAGGUCCAAAGUGAUAUGAAACCCACAUCUAAAGUAUUGAUAAUCGGUGCGGGAGGUUUAGGAUUGAAUGCUCUUCAAAUCGUUAAAAACUACGGAUGUCAUGUUGUAGUUACCGAUAAAAAGGCUGAACUUGGUGAGAAAGCUUUGAAAUUAGGUGCUGAUGAAUUCAUUCAUGAUUUGAAUACUACCUUUGACCAUGAACCUGAAUCAUUUGAUGUCAUUUUUGAUUUCUGUGGUUAUAGAACUACUUUUGAGCUAGCACAAAAGUUUGUUGCCACUGGAGGUAAAAUUGUUAUGAUUGGUUUAGGUAAUUAUAAGCUUCAAUUAAGAAAUUUCGAUAUGGCAACAAGAAGUGUUACAUUGUUCUUCAAUUUUGGUGGAGUUGGACGUGAACAAGAAGAAUGUUUAAGGUGGAUUGAGAAAGGAAUUGUUAAACCUGCAAUUAAAAUGGCUCCAUUACAUGAAUUACCUCUCUAUAUGAAACGUAUAAAUGAAGGUAAGGUUGAAGGUAGAAUAGUUUUCAAGCCUAAAUUAUAA